AGCUUGUAUAAUUGAGCUUUACGCGCUCGUUGAUACGAUCAGUCAUGUCUGCGGUUGGUACCCUCGCUUUUGACGAAUUUGGUCGUCCUUUCCUCAUCCUCAAAGAUCAGGAAAAUCAAAAGCGGCUGGUUGGCAGUGAAGCCAUCAAGUCGCACAUUCUUGCCGCGAGGAGUAUCGCCAAUACGCUGAAAUCGUCCCUUGGCCCGAAAGGAUUGGAUAAGCUUAUGGUUUCUCCUGAUGGUGAUGUUCUGAUCACGAAUGAUGGAGCCACUAUUCUCAAAAACAUGGACGUUGAACAUGAAAUCGCCAAGCUCAUGGUUCAGCUUUCCCAAUCUCAAGACGACGAGAUUGGCGAUGGAACAACUGGGGUCGUCGUUCUGGCUGGAGCCUUGUUGGAAGCAGCUGAAGAUCUGAUAGACCGUGGCAUUCAUCCCAUCCGUAUUGCGGAUGGUUACGAAGUAGCCGCUCGCAUGGCGACAGCGCAUUUGGAAUCGAUCUCGGAGAAUUUCGUUGUUGACAAGAAUAAUCUGGAACCUCUUAUUCAAACUGCUAUGACUACGCUUGGGUCAAAGAUUGUCAACCGUUGUCACCGGCAAUUUGCUGAAAUCGCCGUGAAUGCUAUCAUGAGUGUGGCUGAUUUGGAAUCGAGGGACGUCAACUUCGAAUUGAUCAAGGUACAGGGUAAGGAAGGCGGUCGCUUGGAGGAAUCUAUGCUUGUGAAAGGUGUUAUCGUUGACAAAGACUUUUCCCAUCCUCAAAUGCCGAAGGAAUUACGUAACGUGAAACUCGCAAUUUUGACCUGCCCGUUUGAGCCGCCGAAGCCGAAGACGAAGCACAAGUUGGAUGUGACCAGCGUAGAAGAUUACAAAGCGCUCCGACAAUACGAACAAGAUACAUUCGCCGAAAUGGUCGAUCAAGUGAAAGCUGCCGGUGCGACGUUGGCUAUUUGUCAAUGGGGAUUCGACGACGAAGCUAAUCAUCUGUUGCUUCAGAAGGAGUUGCCUGCUGUUCGUUGGGUCGGCGGUCCUGAGAUUGAGCUCAUCGCAAUCGCUACGGGUGGAAGAAUCGUGCCGAGAUUCCAAGAACUCACUCCUGAGAAGCUCGGAGCUGCUGGAUUGGUUCGUGAAGUAUCGUUUGGAACUGUGCGAGAAAAGAUGCUGGUGAUCGAGGAGUGUCCGAAUUCCAAGGCCGUUACUGUGUUUAUCCGCGGAGGAAAUAAGAUGAUAAUUGAAGAAGCCAAGAGGAGUCUGCAUGAUGCCCUUUGUGUUGUGCGCAAUCUGGUUCGAGACAACAAGAUCGUUUACGGCGGUGGAGCUGCUGAGCUGUCUUGUUCGUUGGCUAUUGCUCACAAGGCUGCCGAAGAAUCGGGCAUGGAACAAUACGCGUUGAGAGCUUUCGCUGACGCACUGGAAGCCAUUCCUAUCGCGCUUGCCGAGAAUUCGGGAUAUUCCCCGCUGGAAGCUGUCACUGAAAUCAAAGCUCGUCAGGUGGCUGAGAAAAACCCGGCUUUGGGCAUCGAUUGUCUUUACAAGGGAACAAAUGAUAUGAAGACCCAGCACGUGGUGGAAACACUAUUGGCGAAGAAGCAGCAGAUUCUGCUCGCUACGCAACUUGUGAAGAUGAUCUUGAAGAUUGAUGACGUCCGCACUUUCCUUCCGAAGGGCUAAAAACCUGGAGGUGGAGUUGGAUGCUCCCGUUCCACACUCAUGCUAACAAAAGGCCGUUAAAUUUUCACGUUCAAGGGCUUUUUAUUUGAACACACAUCUGCUUACCCUGUGUUCCUUUUUUUGUCAUUUUCGAAUUCAAUCUCGUUAAAAAUUGUUUAUGUUCCGCGCGGCCUUCAUGGAGUAAUAAUAAUAAUGUGCCGGCUUCGGGAGCCCAAGAAAA